UUCAUUCGUCAUUGCUUUAGAGCACGUAUAGAGAAAUUGGGAGAGCUAGAUUGGGAACCGGCUUUUGCCGGGCCAACUCCAAUAGAAUAGCUGCCGAGGGGUAGAUGGAUGACUAUAUCAAGCGCCUAGGUGCUCGUUGGUUGCUCGUUGCUCGUUGCCGGCGGUCACGGCGUUAAUAUUCCUGUUCUUCAACUUCAGUUCUUGUCGAGCGCUCAAUGAAUACGGUUAAGUUGGUUGUGAGGCACACUCUCGCGCGUUUGUGACGCAUAGUUUAAUUGGGAAUGAGAAGUAGUGCUUUGCAUCAGUUGAAGAAGGAUACAAAUGUAAAAAAAUAAUUCAAGCUUUCCGCAAUGUUCAUUCUAUUUUAUAUGUGUAGAGAAAAAUAAUAAUAAAUAUUUAUAUAAGUACAUAGUUGCAUACAUACAUAUAUAGAUAAAUACUUUCCGAUAAAAUCGGUGAGUUUAUGGAUACAACGAAAAUCCAUUGAAAGGGGCUUUAACUAUAACCAAAGGUAAUUGAACUGUCUCGCGUCUAUUUGUCGCAGUUAAAGAUUUGGUCUCGCUGAUAGACAUUAACACGCCGCGUAUAUUUGCACAUACAUACUUAUAUAUGUAUCUACAUUGUCGCUAUACUUUUAUUAGGCGAAUAAGCUUACAAACUUAUAUUCCGAUAGCGUAACAAAAUCCACAUCCCGCUAGUUGCAUUUGUACAACGCAUACCAACACACACAUAUUGGCUUUGGUAAUACUGGCGUAUCGAUAUCAGAGAAUAAUUCAACCAUUGUUUCGACGAGUAUUUUUUUUUACGUCGGUUGGCUGAUGGUUGACGGUAUGAUCCCAUACAAACGAUAGUGUGGCAUCAAUCGAGCCGCACGCCGCCUUUUAUCACACUCGGGCCACAAACACAUGCACAUUUAUCGUAUCCAUAACCGGGACUGUUUGCCGUCAACAGCUAGCUUCGGCUAGCCCUACCAUUUGUCAUUGUGCGCGUCGAUAUCAAAGAUAAAUAACACAACAAGAAUCAUAAAAAGAUUACGAAAAAAUAUGUGUGCAAUAGCAACAACAACAACAACAAUAAAGCCAUAACUUUGUAAAAUACACAAAUAUUGAAUGCAAUUCAUGACUUCCUCUACGUCUCACAUAUGUAUGUACACGUGCAUACACAAAAAAAACUAAAACAAACGCGUCUCUUUGAAAACUACAACGCCGAAAAUAAACAACUUUAAGCAACAGCAGCAGCGUUAUGCAACUUGCGGCUUUUAACUCAUAGUCUGUCGUGUUCCAGCCACUAGCCACAUCUAUCAAAAAAGUGCAAAAUUACUAAAGUGCAUUUGGCCAUUUAUUUAAUUACCUGUGCAUACAUAUGUACACUCAACAUAAGGCAUAACAAAUAUUUUUACUCGGCAAACAACAAAUAUUUAUUUAUUCUGUGCAAAGUGAAGUGAAUGAUUUCCAAGUUGGGUAUGUGUGGUCUUGUUUUACUCAGCACUUGGCUCUGACCCAUCAUAUGGGAGUCCAAACCAGUACAUAGGUUCACAUACUUACUGGUAUGGUUUUCUCGCCCACGCAUCGUUCUUAGAACCGUUUGUGAAAAGUAAACAUUUCUGUGAAAAACCAUUAAAACAUAAAAAAUCGGUCAUCACGUCCAUAGUUCUCCGUUUGAUAUUUUUUUUUGUACAUAAUAAAUAUUAAUCAUACACCGAUAUGGAUUGUCGACGCAACGGAAACUGGUUGUUGGCCGCAGUGCUCUGUGCACUCCAAGUGAUAGCUUCAGUCAAAUCGGAAUCAUCUCGCUUCAUCACCACACCACAGAGCCAAACUAUCGUCGAGGGUGAACCAGUUCUGUUCACAUGCCGUGCGACCUCUACCGAUGGACUGAACUAUACUUGGCUGCAUAAUAAUGUUCCAGUACAAAAUACGACACGCGUCCAACAUUUGGGUACGGAACUACGUAUAGCGGCUGUGCAACGCGAGACUGAUGUGGGUGAUUAUGUUUGUAUAGCGACGACCGCAACAAGCGGGGCACGUCAGGCAUCUCCUCCGGCCCGACUUAAUAUAAUUUGGAUUCAAACGGCCGCCGUACAACUGCUAAGCGGCAAUCACAAUGAAGUCACACUCAAGUGUCAUGUGGAGGGCUCUUCAGGCGACGGGAUGCUCGAAAUUGAAUGGUUUCGCAACAGCGAAAAGUUAAGCACUCUCAAAAAUAUUGAACUGCAACAAAAUCGACUAAUUAUACGCCAACCCAGAGCUGCAGACAGCGGACUCUACCGCUGCAUCGCCUCCAAUGCAGCAGGCCGAGUGAUGAGUAAGAAAGGAUAUGUGCUGCAAUGGACGGAUAAAGAGGCGAAAGGUUUGCCUGAACGAGAUAACAUCGGCGGUGGUGGUGCUGGCGGCGGCAAAAGUGGUGGCUGCGUACCACGCCUCAAGAAGAAUCAAAAAUUGCCCAUAGAAGCAAUGAGUCAAAUAUUUCUAUGCCGUGGCAAGCGUGGUGGCCAACCGGCCGAAGAUAAAUUACCACCCAUUACAGAUGUUGCCAUCACAAAGGGCCCAACCAACGGAAAAAUUAAAGAAUUUGAACCCAUUGAAUUGCAGUGCGUACACACAGUGCCUGACAAGUAUCGGCAAGUGCAAUUACGUUGGCGCAAAGAUGGUAAGCUAUUUCGAACAGUAGAUCGUGGCACAGCGACGACAGCCGACUCAACGUCUACACCCACCGAGGCGAGCAAGGAAUUGACAUUACGCGAAGAUUCACGCAUAGUGCUUAGUCGGUCCAAUGGCUCAUUGCUUUUUAGUAGCGUUUUCGCCAACGAUGCCGGACAAUAUGUUUGUCAAAUCUAUGUAGAGGGUCAUCGGCCGAUUACUUCGCAGCCAGCUGACUUACAAGUCAUUGAACAGUUAAAGUUCGUGCCACAACCAACGUCAAAGAACCUGGAGUUGGGUAGCGUGGGGAAGGUGCAUUGUAAGGCGCAGGGAACACCGUCGCCGCAUGUCAAAUGGAUACGGGAAACCGAUCAACAAUUACCCGAGGCAGUCGACGACGUCAAUGGCACGUUAAUAUUCAAGAACGUCAGCGCCGAGCAUCGCGGCAAUUAUACCUGCAUGGCGAGCAAUUCACAAGGACUCAUCAAUGCCACCGUCAUGGUGAAUGUUGUGGUAGCGCCACGUUUCUCCGUCGCGCCCGAAGGACCCAUAGAAACCGGUGAAAUGGGGGUGGCUGUAAUGCAUUGCCAGGCGAUUGGCGAUCCCAAGCCUACAAUAAAAUGGGAUAAAGACUUAAAAUAUUUAAGUGAGAAUAAUACUGACAAGACACGCUUUCGUUUCCUUGAGAAUGGCACGCUCGAAAUACGUGACGUGCAACCGGACGAUGAGGGUCGUUAUGGUUGUACGAUAGGCAACAGUGCUGGCUUGAAGCGCGAAGAGGUGCGAUUCGUUGUGAAAGCCGCCGAUGGCGCUGCUGGCGAAGACUCUGGCGGAGAUGGCUUCCUCAUCACUCGUGCUGUACUCAUCACCAUGACCGUCGCUUUUGCUUAUAUUAUUCUGGUUGUCGGUCUAAUGAUUUGGUGUCGGUUCCGUCGCCAAGCGCGCAAGGCACGCUUGAACGAAGCCAAUAAGGAUAAUCCCGAGUCUGGUGAAAUGGGUAAAUUGCCCGAAAAUGAGCCUUGCCUACCAGAUCACGGCUCCUCGGGAAAAAUACGCAAAGUAAAUGGCAACAAUAAUCCACGUGGCAGUGGCAAUGAAGCAGCGAAAUCUGAUGACACUGCAUGCAGCAAUCACUCCAAGGGCUCGAAACGUUCGCACGCUUUAGAUCAGCUCUCCCUACCCCGCGCUGGUAUUAGUGAGUUAAUACAAAUCGGACGCGGUGAGUUUGGAGAUGUGUUUGUAGGUAAAGUGAAGGCGUCUGUCAUACGUCAAGUGGAUGAGAAAGAUUGCGAAUCGGAGCGACAUAAUAACGGUGAAAAUAAUAGUGGCAUAACUUCAAUCGAAAAGCGACGCUCAAAAACGUCCAUGGACGACAUUGAAGAGAUACGUGAAGAGCAAGAGACAGGCAGUGCCGAUGGUGACACAACUUCGACGACAACAGAUGAAUAUAAAUUGGUGUUAGUGAAGGCGCUAAAUAAAUUUAAGGAUGAAAAUAUUUGUCAAGAGUUCAAACGGCAAAUCGAUAUGUUUCGUGCUAUUUCACAUAAAGGUGUAGUGCGCCUGUUUGGUUUAUGCCGUGAGAAAGAUCCGCAUUACAUGGUGCUCGAAUACACAGAUUGGGGUGAUCUCAAGCAAUUCCUUCUAGCAACUGCUGGUAAAGUGAAUACCUCAAAUAACUCCGCUCAGUCGCCGCCACCACUGCAGACGGGUCAAAUCUUGGCCGUAGCUUACCAAAUUGCGCGCGGCAUGGACGCCAUUUACCGAGCACGAUUUAUACACAAGGACUUAGCCACGCGGAACUGUGUCAUCUCCAGUGAUUUUAUUGUCAAAGUCUCAUAUCCCGCUAUAUCGAAGGACAAAUACUGUCGAGAAUACCACAAGCAUCGCAACACUCUUUUGCCUGUCCGUUGGUUAGCGCCGGAAUGUAUACAAGAAGAUGAUUACACAACAAAGAGUGAUAUAUUCGCAUUUGGUGUUGUUGUUUGGGAAUUAUUCAGCCAGGCCACGAAAAUGCCAUUUGAAGAGCUGAGCAAUGAAGAAGUCAUACAACGCAGCCAAUCGGGCAAAUUGGAUUGGGCAUGCGCACCAGGGACACCGGAUGGUCUGAAGGAGAUUUUGCUCUCUUGCUGGAACUCAAAUCCAAAAGAGCGACCCUCAUUUAGUCAACUCUGCUCAGCUCUGAGUAAAGCAAUGCAAAACGGUGAUAAAUAAAUAUGAUCUUUUUACGUUAAAUUAAUUAAAAUUUUUCUUAUAAAAUUAUUUCACUUAUGUACAUACAUACAUAUAAGUAAUUAAGUACUAAUAAUGAGCUGCAUAGCUGCAUAGCUUUCUUUGAGGAGCGCUAGUGGUGGUAAGUGGUAAGUGGUAAGUUUAAAUCAUUUUAGAAAUAAUUAUCUCUUUUAACCCAUUAACUAAUUUGCGUUCGCAAUACAUAUAAUAUAAAUUUGUAUUAUCAAUUGUGUUAAAUUAUUGAAAGAAAAUAUAAAAAUGUGUUAAACACAUUAAGUUAAAAGUAGAAUGGAAAGUGUAGUGCAGCCUAAAGUUUCGUAGAAAUUAAACGUAAAAUAUUUAAAAACAUUUAAGUGUAUUUAAAAAAUAUAUUUAUGUAUGGUUUCGUUUUGUAAAACCAUGUGGAAAAGUAAAUAACAACUGAAAAAAAUAUAUACAAUACAUAUGUAUGUAAUAUACGUAAGUAUAUGUAUGUAUAUUCAAGCGGAACAGCAGCCAUUUGUUACAUACAUAUAUCGUUUUAUACGAAACUGCUUAUUAGAAUUAACUCUGCUUUUAAACUUCCAAUCAAGUUUUCAUUUUACGUGAAACACAAAUUUAUACAUGCACACUUGUGAUUGUGUAUGCAUGUACAAUACAUACAUAUAUUUAUGGUGUUACGAGUGACAUCUGCAUUCAUAAUACUUUCAUUAGGAAUAUGAAUAUAUGUACAUAUAUAUUUAUUUAAGUCUACACAUCAAUGAAACAGUGAAAAAAUCAUCAACGAAUUAUUUUAAGUUAUUCAUAUGUAUAAUUAACAUAGUUUACAAUAAAUUAUAAGAGACUUCUAAAACUGUUAAGUUACUAGCCAUUUUUAAGCGGACGUAAUGAAAAUUGAACUGUACAUAUAUAGUAUAUGCCAUAAAUAUAAUUACAUAUGCAUUGAUGAAUGUGUAAAUGUAUGAGGGCAAACUUUACCAGUGAAGCAUUUAUAGGUUAAAAACAACAUUAAUUUAGUCAUUUACAAUUAGCACCAAGGAUUUUCAUGAAAACGUACACAUUUCUAUUGGACAAACAAAAAACGAAUAAAAUAAAAUAUGUUAUCAAAAUAUUUUAAGGAAUAUAUACUUUC